GGAGAGAGGGGGCGGGCUGCCGGGAAGAUGGCUGCUUGCGCAUCGCUGGUGUCUGCCGCAGCCUUGGCACGGCGGAAGAGUUGGGACUGGGCUGCCUUCUCCUUUAGCUCCGCCGCGUUGCUCUCCCGAAUGGUCGAGAGAACGCCACGGAAGGGCCCAGUUUUCAGAUGGAAGACACAUGCUUCUUUCCUUCGUCGGCCAAACCUUCCAAAUCUGGCUUAUAAGAAGUUAAAAGGCAAAACUCCAGGCGUUAUUUUCAUCCCAGGCUAUCUUUCUAAUAUGAAUGGGACUAAAGCAUUGGCAAUUGAAGAGUUUUGCAAAUCUCUAGGUCAUGCCUAUAUAAGGUUUGAUUAUGCAGGAUGUGGAAGUUCAGAAGGCAAUUUUGAAGAAUGUACAGUGGGGAAAUGGAGGAAAGAUGUUCUCUCUAUAAUUGAUGAUUUAGCAGAAGGACCUCAGAUACUGGUUGGAUCUAGCUUGGGUGCCUGGCUAAUGCUUCAUGCUGCAAUUGCACGCCCAACAAAGGUAGCAGCUCUCAUUGGUAUAGCUACAGCAGCAGAUAGCGUGGUAACAAGAUUUAAUCAACUUCCCACUGAGGCAAAAAAAGAAGUAGAAGUGAAAGGUAUAUGGAAGAUUCCUACACAGUACAGUGAAGAUGGAUUUCAUAUCAUUAAGUACAGUUUCAUUAAAGAGGCAGAACUCCACUGCUUGUUAAAAGGCCCUAUCCCUGUGACGUGCCCUGUAAGAUUGCUCCAUGGCAUGAAGGAUGAAGUCAUUCCAUGGCAAACUUCCAUGCAGGUCGCUGAACGGGUGAUCAGCACAGAUAUAGAUAUCAUCCUCCGUAAAAAUAGUGAUCAUCGAAUGAAGGAGAAGGAGGACAUCAAACUUCUUGUGUAUACCAUUGAUGAUUUAAUUGAUAAGCUUACCACCUCAAAUUGAGUUUCUGGUGGCACAAAUAUACACUUUCUUGUGUGGUCAAGCAGAGGCCAAUUUUUAACUGAAAUGGCAGACUAAUGAAUCAGGAAGGCUAUAAGGGUUGACAAAAAGUACUGGGCUAUAAGUUUUUUCUCUUACCUCUGUAUUGUAAAUACUAUAUGAUAAUUUUCUUAAUGCUACAUUUGCACAGAUGGUAAAUAUUGUGAAUAAAGUAUAGGUUGCUUUUGAAAGUCUUUUUCUCUUUCCUUCCAUCCUAGACUUUUUUCAUUACAAUGUUUCCUACGCUAUUUUUUUACCAAGAAAAUGUUUGUGUUGACUGUGCCAACUGAUAUAUUUGGUUAAUGCUUCUUGAAUUGUAAAAUAAAGCUUAGUUUUUUUCAUUUAAGACCAUUAAAUAUGAAGAUUUGUGAAAUGAUUGUGAUAGUUUUAUGUUCAGAUAUGCAAAUUCACAAAAUGCACCAGAAUUGUUUAGUGAAAUUAAAAUUUGAAAAAGUCUGAUUAUAAUAAAGUUCAAAAUGUAAAAGGUUGUGACUUUUAUAAAAUACAUGUUGUUGGGGCAGCUAGGUGGCACAGUGGAU